AUGGGAAAGAAGAACAAUGGCAACAAGAACAAGGGGGGUUCCACCUCCAACAAUGGGGACCACCACGGCGGCGAGAUCGAGCUGCAACAGGUGAACAAGGGGAAAAACAAGAAAAACAAGCAGCAUGACCAGAAAACCCACAAACAGUCGAGCGGGACCAAGGGAGGUGCUUCUGUGGACUACUAUUCGCAGUACUUUUCCGAUGACAUGGUGCGCGACAUCGUCGCGGACAGUCCGGAUAUCAACCGAACCGCGGCGCUCUACUCCAAACCCGACUGCUAUCCACAAUGAAUGUAGUGCUCUCGCCGCACGCAACGUACAGAUGUUGCUGUUUCAGCAUGACGAAAGUCUUUUUGAUGCAACCUAUUGUUUGAGUAUGGCAAGGAAUGUGCUGUGCCUUUUUUGAUUUUGUCUAUGCGUUUUCUUGUACGAGUGUGCAGCGGUGCAAAAUUUGCAUUGCAUAACCACCACAAGUGCGUCUGCGAUAUGCUGCAGGAUAUCAUGCAGGAUGCCGGUUUUGAGGAGUGCACCUACUGGCUGGACAUCCGUCUGUUCUGCUCCGUCCUGGCCUGCGCCCUGGGCACCUAUACCGUGGUGCGGCUGAAAUUCCCGCAGGACAAAGACACGUUGCUGCCGUUCGUACUGUUGUAUACCCUCAUCGCAGCGAUUGUCACUUACAUCGACAUGUGGGCGCUCGGGCCGGCAAACGUCUACUCCUUGCGGGACUUUGACAACCACUCGGUGCACGUUUAUGAUCCCGGCAACAAUGGUGGGCGUGAGGGAGUUCUUUUGCAUCAAGUCUAAUUCAGAACGAAACUUAAGGUUUCGACAUGUGAUGAAGCUCAUCGGCGGCAAGCUCAUAACAUGUUGAUGUCAUGCUCAACAUGAAAGAAUGUGUCUAUACAUCUAGAUCUACGUCGCUGCAAGAAAUCCAAAGGAUAAGGAUCAUCAAGUACAAGAAGCUCCUAUUUGUGCUGCAAGUACAUGUUUUUAACAAAAAUCUUGAAUGCAUCAAGGGCCCACGAGGCGAUCGCAUGGUCUUGUUCUGGUCUGUGCGAGAUGCUUUGUUUGAUGUCGGUCAUGUUGUUCAGCACGAAAAUAAGGAGGCCGCUUACGUGUACUAGUACUUGUUCUGCAAAAAAGACGAACUUUUCGACUUGAUUCAAACAACCCCCGCAACCAGCACCUUUCUUGGCAUACUGGUUCGAUCGGAAUGGAAGAAAACACCUCGGAACUGAUCAUCGACGUGCGGGGUUCCCGGAACACGGAGCCCACCGUCAACGCCGAGUGCGUCAGCCGCUACUUCGACGUGGAAGGCUAUCUAGUUGUGGAGCACCUGUUUAACGAUGUGUGUAUGGCCAUCGAGAAUCACUGUGGCCACCUGCCUAUCGGGGAAGUAAAGGAAGACUGAGUUGUUUGUGACCUUGCGGUGGUUUGAAGAGCAUGGCAAGUUGUACAAGUAGUAGUCGGCGAUUCGAGCUUCUAAAAUUCUCGAGGAAGAAGCCCUCUCAACAGGCUUCUUUGCAACUGGGAAUUUUGUACCAAGUAGAUUUUUUUCAACACCGCGACGCCUGUCAGCUCUACCUGCCCACCAGUAUUGCUAUUUGCAACAUCAAAAAAAGUCAACGUGCUGUGUGACCUUUAGGGACCCCCUGCGGUUCAGCUUCAGUGGGUGCAUUUUCUCAUGGAGCGCGAUAAAGUUUUUACCCGAAUAAAGAGCUACAUCGAGAGUGAUUCAGCAACGAAUACAAGCUCCCCUGCUAAAGAGCCUAACAAACAAGUUACGUCAACUUAUGAAGCUACAGUG